AUUGGAGGAAUAAUUAAUCAUCGAUCCAAUCAAACAACGCGUUAGAAGUGAAAUGCAGUUAAAAUAGUUUGUCUAGUGGCGGAGGAUGAGGAUUCUGAAAACAUGGAGCAGGUUUUAGAAGCUGUGAAACAGCUGAGUAUUAAUGAUCUCAGACAGCAGUUAUCGGAUAAUGGAGUAAACGUUGGUCCAAUUCUACCGAGCACAAAAUUAAUUUUUCAAAAGAAACUAGCAAGCAAACUUUAUGAAAAGCAACAUCCAGUAUCUGAUGCAGUAGAUGGGUAUACAGGUGAUAACCAGGUAUCUCAAACGAGUGGCGAUACUCAGGUUAGUCAGCAGAAUACAGAGAUUGGACAAGUAAAAGAAGAGUCUCCUGUUACAGAACCAGAGGUGUCAGUGUAUUAUGGAGUAUGCCCCCCUCUUGGAGUCUCACUGGAAGAAAAAGAAUGUCAAAGUUUAGUGUUCACUGACAAAAAAUUGGCGCUACAGUCUGUAAAGAAAUUUUCAGGAGCCAGGUUUAAAUGUUUUAAAAGCAAAGAGGAUGCAGAAAAGUUUUCAAAGUUGUCUCCCGAUGACAUUGCAUCACCAUGGAAACCGACUACGAAAAAUGGAAAUGGAGCAAUUGCAACUUUGAGUACUGGAGUCUCAGUGGAAAGCAGUCCAUUUAAAGGUCCAAAGCCACAAGAGCUAAGCAAACUAAGAAAGGCCAUAGAAGACGGUGACAUCACUACUGUAGAAUCAAUGGUGUGGGAGAACCCCCGAUUUCUGGUCAGUGGAGGAGACACACCUGUUAUUCUUCAGGAAGGACCUAGAUACAAUGCAUUGCAUGUAGCAGCCAGAAGCAACCAAGCAGGAAUUUGUCAGCUUCUCUUGGACACGUUAGAAGAUCCCAGCUUUAUUGACAAGUUGUAUGGCCAUACUAAUGAAACAGAGGGAACAAGAACCAACAGAAUUAACUUUAUUGUAGACCUUUACCUCAACACUCCAGAUAAAGCGGCUUGUGAAGUCCCAUUACAUUUUGCCUGUAAACAUGGAUUUGCGGAAGUUGUAGCAGUCUUGAUAUCUCAUCCCAAAAUAGACAAAUCUGUGAGAAAUAAAUUUAAUGAAACUCCAAGAGAGGUUAUAUGCAGUAGAGUAGAUAAGGCUACUGCUGCUCAAAGAGAAGAAAUUAAAGAGCUAAUGGAAGGUCAGUUUUUUGUCCCCUUGCUGCGGUCUGAAGACAACUCUUCUCAGCCCUUUAUUGGUAUCCCGUGGUCACCAGAAAAUUCCCGAAGCACGGUCAAUCUGCCCCCUCUGUCAUGGAGUCCCAAGGAUCCUCUGAUGGCCGUCAAGGCUUGUGCUGGGCCCAUGACUCCUUCUAAGGCAAAUUUGUUCCAUAAGAGAUGGAACACCCCUCCAUCUAACAGUCCAGAUUAUGCCAAGCGAAAGUUUUACUCAACAAAACGAGAAGACAGUGAAAAAGGUCUAGAGAGAAUCGGCAG